AUGGAUGUGAUGGAUAUUGUCGGGGAGCUCCAAGCCCUCCCGGACGAUAUCCACUUCCUCUGUCCCCGACAACAUGACGACGACCACGCGGCGUACGACGAUCCAAACCAGGUCGAUGAAUCAGGCCGAAGUGUUGCGGAUUUGGUGGCGGAAGCGACGACCCGCAGGGAGAAGUUUUUGUCGUGCAUGCGCAUCUUGGCCUACAACGAAGAGGGUGUCCAAGAGCUACAAAACUGGGUGUGGAAAAAGCUGGACGACACGCUUGAGAAAUGCGACCUGUGUAUCAAGAAGUAUUACACGGGGAAAAUAUGGCUCAUGGAGCAACUGAAGGAGAAUUACGACGAUGAGGACAUCGAAAAAUUCUCCCAGAUGCUCGAUGAAAGCGACAUCAAACGCAUUACGAGGAACUUGACGAAUGCCACAGCUAAGUUGAAGGAGGUGCCGCCGCAGGAGAUUGCGCUGAACGUGCUGGAUCGUGCUUCGUUGCUGUCGAUUUUCGAGAGCUUGAGCUGCGAUGCGAUGCUGCGGAACAAUAACCUGCUCGAGCAGUACUUCGACGAACCGUUCAGACUUAUCCAGACAAAGCGGAAACUGAAGGUGUCGGAUUAUAUUCCUGCUGUUACACGCUUCCUAUUCGACUCGAACCCGAACCGGACCGCCUGGGCCAUCUAUUCGUGGUCCCGCUACAACCGUCCUCCUACUACGCUGGAAUUCGACUGGGCUGUGAAGGACGGGCUUUUGGAUGCACUGCGGUCUUCUGCCCAAGGCAAUCAUUCAAUACAGGCAAUUUCGAGGCUCUGGCAAGGCAUGCAUCUGAUAGUGAAGAGGCUGGACAAAGAACAGAUAACUCAUCAUCUGCGUGCCCUUGAAAUCGACCCAUGCCGCCUGUCGGUAGAUCAUCUCUCCCUCCCAGUUCUUCGUAACCUUUUAAGGACUAUCCAGACUUUCUUGGAAAAGGCACCGGCGGACUUUUGGGAUGCAAUGCAGACAAUAUCACCUCAGGCUAUCAUUGAAGCUGUCUUUUACAACCAGCAGUUAGAGGAAUUUUUGAUGCAAGCAACAGAGGGUACACCAUACGAGAACUCCCCAAUGAAGGACAUGCUCUCGUGGAUCCAUCCUUUCAUGUCGUCCUUACGGGACGCCCAUCAAACUACGGCCUGCAGAUCGCUGGUCUACCAGCUCCUUGAUCGAUUGCAAAACAAGCCUCUCCCUAACCAUGCAAGGUAUCACUGCUUUCAUGUCGGGUUGAAUGUGCUGUUACACACUCUUCGCACAUUCACUGAUCAUGAAGCUUCUAGAGGCUCUGUUGCCCGCAUUAUUCUUUCUGAAACUCUGAAUGUUGUGGGCACACACAUCAAGACGAUUUUGGAGCCACCAAAAUUUGCUGUCGAGCAGGGUUUACAGAAGGGGAUAUCGAUGCUGUGCAUGGAUGUCAUUCGGAAUACGCUGGCUCUUGAGUGUCAAUCUCUCAAAAGCGAUUACGAGGUGAUCCUCCGGCAUAACUCUCUCCAGCAUGGUGUGAGCACAUACUCCGCAGCUAUUUGGGAUUCGGUUGUUCUACAUCUUCACGAAGACAAUCUGGAUCUUUCAACUGCUGCUCUGCUUGGUAUAUUGCCUUUGGUUGGCUUGGAGAAAUUUCCAACGAAAGGAGAGACUAGUCCAGAGAAGACGCAUUUCAAUGCGAUCUACGGCCAUCUGACACACCUCGCUUGCCAGAUUAUUGAACGGCUUGCCGAUUUCAAACCAGAACACCUAGACGAAUUGUUCAAGAGCCAGGAUACGAGCAGUGCGCUGAUUUCAGCCCUAUUCGCGGCCGACCUCAACACCUACCAAGCGGCUGUUGACCUUAUCAAGAACGUCAGCGGCCAGUCUGCCCGAAGAGAUGCUAUCUCCCACCUCCUCCAGUCGUUUUUCAUUACCACGAUGUAUGGGCUUAGCUGGUCCUUCCGGCGCAUUUCUAACAUGAAAACUUUCGCCUCUGCCCCGAGAAUGAUCCAUACCGGAACAGAUAUUGUCGACAUCCUUUGCGAUAGCCAAACCGGUAUGCUUCGGACUCGAAAGCUUGCAGACCGCAAGGAGAUCCUAUCACUUCAAAAACUUUGGGAGUACCUCUGGCAAGCGUUGACAACAAUUUUCGAUGAAACCGAGUCGUGGCAUCUUCGCGGCAACGACAAGUCCGUGAUGCUGGAGUUCUGCCGUGACAGUAUUCAAUUCGCUGACCUCCUGUUCGGCCAGUAUGGUGUUUUCCUGAGCGCAGUUGUGGACGCGGACCCUAGUCAGGAGAGCACUGCGCGCGAGAACUUCUUGAAGCCCCCGACGGCGACCAUGAGUGCAAUGGUCAAGUGGCUUCGUUUGAAGGACGAGUAUCUUGCAACCACCCUCGUCGGACUUGUAGCGAAGAUCCUUCGCCGCUUAGGAGAGCUCAGCGUGACAACUGUGAAGGAGGACGCCUUGGGUUUCAUAGAGGGUGUUGCAGUCAAGUCCACUGUUAAAACCAUCUUGACCUUGCGGGAGAAGGCCGAACUCGUCCGCGCUCUCGAGGCGUACUACAAGAAACCGGUUGUGACUGCCUCAACCGCCAGCCUGAAGAAGCAGAGCUCAAUUACAGCGUUUGCGAAGCCCACCGAGCCCUCUGCUACCCCGAGUCCACCCAAACAUGCUGACGAAUUCGACGACAAUGUUUCGGACGAUGUUCUCCUGCAGCUCUCCCGCUCGGUUGAGCUUAACAAAGAGCGGGUGGCCUCCGAGGCCAAAAAGAAGGCCGAGAAGGCCACCAGGGUUGAAAAGGCGGCCAGAGCUCUUCCAGCCAUUCCCAAGCCAGCACCUGCUCCUCUGAAGUCCAAUUUGACUGUUCAGGCCUUCCGCGAAAAGCGGGAACGCGAAAGGGAGGCGAAGAAGAAGCGCGAUCUCGAGAUGCUGGCACGUUUGAAGAAGAAUCUUCCUGCGUCUGGCGUUGCUGAGCAGACUGCUGAACAGGGAUCUGGGCUUAGUGGCAUUGGUGUCAGGGGUAAGGACCAUAGUGCGCCUGCUGACAGCAUGAUGGUGUCGUCUGGGUCGGAGUCAGAAUCGGAGAGCGAAGAUGACCUCGACAAAGAGCUUUUCGGAGCAAAGAGUAGCUCGAAGCCGGAUGCUGUUAAAGCGUAUGAGGAGAGUAAACGCAUGUCUCUCAAGCAGCAGGGACCCGUCAAGAAGAUCAAACAGGUGCGGUCAGCGAAAGAUAUGCGCGCACGUUUGGCACCAGAUCUUUCCUCCUUGCAUCGUACCAUUCUGGCUUGGGAUUUCUUCGCCAACGGUGAUCUGCCCCCGAACUCGGGGCGUACGGACUAUAGUUUGGUUUCCAACACGUUUCGAGACCCCAUCGAGUACCAGAGAACCUUUGAGCCGCUGCUAAUCCUUGAGGCCUGGCAAGGGUUCCAGUCGUCGAAGGAAGAAGGUAGCUUCAAGACAUUUGAAAUCAAGGUUGCUACGCGUCUUUCCGUCGACUCGUUCGUUGAAGUCAGUACGGUCAUGCCAUUCAACGAAGUUAAGGAUCUUGGCAUUGGCGAGGCCGACAUUGUCCUACUUUCGAAGGCAAGCUCUCCGACAUCUAAUUCAUCCGCACCUCAUUGUCUUGCAAGAGUGUCUGGCGUCAACAAGAAGAAAGGAACCGUGGAGAUAUCCUACCGGGUUAAUCCCGGCAACUCGUUCAUCAAUUCUCUCGGACCCGGCACGACCAUCUUUGGUUCAAGAAUAACAUCGUUGACCCCUCUCGAGCGUGAAUACGGAGCCCUUAUGGCUUUACAAUACUAUGACCUCUGCGAGGAGAUCGUGAAGGCCAAGCCGUCACCAAUCCUGAACUACUCGGACGCAGGUCUGAAGCCCAUCGUUGAAAACUACAAAGUCAACCCUGCCCAGGCAAAGGCGAUUAAGUCGGCCCUGGACAACGAUGCGUUUACGUUAAUCCAGGGUCCUCCGGGAUCUGGAAAGACGAAGACUAUCGUCGCGCUGGUGGGCGCUCUGCUGAGUGGUGUUCUUGGGAACAAUGGCGUGGCUAUUUCGCGGCCGACGACCAUGAGCAAUGCUAGGCCGCAGGCUAGGACAACUACAUCGAAGAAGCUUCUUGUUUGUGCUCCUAGUAACGCUGCUGUUGACGAAUUGGUGAUGAGAUUCAAGAAUGGAGUCAAGACGAUACAAGGCCGCGAGGAGAAGCUGUCGGUCAUUCGUUUGGGCCGAAGCGAUGCCAUCAAUACCAACGUCUUGGAUGUGACCCUGGACGAACUUGUCAAUGCUCGAAUGAGCCAGACCUCCCGAAAAGAGACCGGGGAGCGGGAUUUACAGCAAAUCUAUACGGAACACAAGGCUGCCGACACCGCGUUCAAAGAGACUCGCGCCCGAAUCGACCAAUGCAGAGCACAGGGACUUCCUGUCCCGGCCGAACUGGAACGAGAGUUUGACCUUCUCAAGAAAAAGAAAACCCAGCUCAGUCAGGAGAUCGAUAACGCCCGGGACAAGAACCAUUCCGCUGCCCGUGAUGCCGACUUGAACAGGCGGCGAAUCCAGCAGGAGAUCAUCGAUGGCGCCCAUGUUAUCUGCGCUACACUCAGCGGAAGUGGCCACGAGAUGUUCCAGAAUUUAAGUAUUGAGUUCGAAACCGUAAUCAUCGAUGAGGCGGCACAGUCCAUCGAAUUGAGCGCCCUCAUCCCGCUCAAAUAUGGAUGCUCCAAGUGUAUCCUUGUCGGAGAUCCCAAGCAGCUGCCCCCCACCGUUCUCUCGAAGGUCGCAUCCAAGUUCCAAUAUGAACAGAGCUUGUUCGUCAGAAUGCAAGCCAACCACCCCAGAGAUGUCCACCUGCUGGAUAUCCAGUAUCGUAUGCAUCCAGAAAUCAGCGCCUUCCCAAGUAGCACGUUCUACGACGGCAAGCUCCAGGAUGGACCUGACAUGGCCCGCCUCCGCACGCGCCCGUGGCAUCAAGGCGAACUGCUCGGCCCAUAUCGGUUCUUCGAUGUCCAAGGUCUCCACCAGAGCGCUGCUAAAGGCCACUCUUUGAUCAACAUGGCAGAACUUCGGGUGGCCAUGCAGUUGUACGAGCGCUUGUCGACCGACUUUCGAGGAAUUGACUUCGCUGGCAAGAUUGGUAUCAUCACCCCUUAUAAGGGUCAACUCAGAGAGAUGAAGAACCAGUUCGCGGCGAGGUAUGGCAAUGAGAUUUUCAGCAAGAUUGACUUCAAUACGACGGACGCUUUCCAGGGAAGAGAAAGCGAAGUCAUCAUCUUCUCUUGUGUUCGCGCCUCGAAUAAGGGCAUUGGUUUCUUGUCUGAUAUCCGUCGUAUGAACGUCGGAUUGACGCGUGCCAAGUCUUCACUCUGGGUCCUUGGGAACUCACAGUCUCUGGUACAGGGUGAAUUCUGGAACGGUCUUAUCAAAGACGCCCGCAGGAGAAACGUGUACACGGAGGGUGACAUACUGAAAAUCCUGCAGCGACCUCAGUUUACCGGCUACAAGAAUAUAGAUAUGUUUGAUGCGGACGCAUCAGCGCCUCCGACCUCGGCCUCAAACUCGCCUGGGCCUGUUUCUGGGAAAGAUGUCACACCUACCCCGUUGCCUGACGGGCCGUCCGGGGGCGGUAACGGUCUGGACGAAACGCGCAUGUGUGGAUAUUGCGGAAGCUCUGCUCACAUGACACACAAUUGCGACAACAUUGACGCGAAAGAGGCAGCCAGGGGUACCUGUUAUCGUUGCGGGGAAUCGGGACACACGCGCAUCGCCUGCACCGCUAAACGCUGUGUUGAGUGUAGUGCGAUUGGACACAUGGCUCGCGAGUGCCGCGCCACAAAGCCUCUCCCGAAGCAUGAGAAGAUGCGACUCAUCCGCGAGGAGCAGAGCCUUGCUCAGCUGCAGAAGCAAAAGACCGAACGACAGCGCGCGAGACAGCUUGGAGGCCAUGACCCCAAAGUACCGGUUAUCCAGGUUACUACAAAUGCCGAGAGCAAGAAGCCCGAGCAGGCCCCUAAAUCGGAGAACAGCAAAGGGGCUAGUAAGCGCAAGCGCACCGAUUCUCCCUCUUCUGAUACACAAAAACCUUCCAAGAAGGGGUCGGAAAAGCACCCGCCGCCAAACGCACCGACUGGUCCUAAGAACCAGCGACGGAAGAUCGAUGCGAAUGUGCCGCCUAGCAUGGAGCGCCCGCCACGACCACCACAGCGGCCCGGUAACGGUGUUCGACCGCCGAUGAUGCGCAAGAAGAAGGAAGUUGAUCCGUUUAUUCGGCCCAAGCGGAAGUAG